GCACUUCACGCUCACGCACCCGACAGAGGCACCCAUGGUCACCCCGAACGGGGGGUGGCUCGCCGAAUCUGCGACGGACCUCGGGGAGAGGUGGGAUUUCUUCAUGGCGGUCCGGAUCCACAGCACGAGGAUCGAUCCAAGUGACACAAGCUUCCUGGAGAUCAUGGGCUUCCAGCCACAAUCUAUUCGAGAGGCAGCAGCUAUUUCUUCUCCCAUCAACGUCUUUGAGGCCGUCCAACGCAAGACCACGGAGGCCGCUUGA